UCUCUGUAUGGGAGCCAAAGGUGGAGGACACAGGGAAUGAAUUCCCAUUUUGGGAAACAAAGUGUCGGUGGCUGGGGUGGGGUUUUUUACUUCUUCUUCUUCUAAUUAAUGGAAGCUUUUCGCUUUCGGUUUCGAUUUCUGUCAUAAUCAGAAUUCAAAGAGCUUCAAGAAACCGAAACUGUGUAUUUGUUUCUGUAAUAAAUGGGGAACGCUCACGGCCACCAUCGAAAAUUCCAUAACGGCCCGAAUAAACAGGGCGGUUCGGGAAUUAUAUAUGAUGGUGGUCAGUUCGAUCGACCAGUUCAAGCCUCGAGCUCGAUCAAGAAGACAAACAUGGAGUCGCCCUUCCCGUACGCUCAUGUCGACUCGAGCUUGCGUGGCCUAGCAGGACAGGCAGAAGGAUUUGGCCGCUGCGCAAUUGGUGGCUUGCACGGUUCGCUUUACCAUGUCACCACUUUAGCAGAUGAUGGUCCUGGAUCACUUCGGGAAGGUUGUCGUAAGAAAGAACCACUUUGGAUUGUUUUUGAAGUUUCAGGCGUUAUUGCUCUCUCAUCAACAUUGAGUGUAUCAUCUUAUAAAACUAUUGAUGGACGAGGCCAGAAGAUAAAAUUCACAGGGAAAGGUUUGAGGUUGAAGGAAUGUGAACAUGUGAUUAUAUGCAAUUUAGAGUUUGAAGGUGGGAGAGGUCCUGAUGUUGAUGGCAUUCAAAUAAAACCCAAUUCGAAGCACAUUUGGAUUGACAGAUGCAGCCUUCGUGAUUAUGAUGAUGGACUUAUAGAUAUCACUCGAGAAAGCACAGAUAUUACAAUCUCAAGGUGUCACUUUUCACGGCAUGACAAGACGAUGCUCAUUGGGGCAGACCCCUCUCAUAUUGGUGACAGAUGCAUCCGGGUAACCAUUCACCAUUGCUUCUUUGAUGGGACACGACAGCGGCAUCCUCGUGUUAGAUUUGGGAAAGUGCACCUAUACAAUAAUUACACCAGAAACUGGGGCAUAUAUGCUGUCUGUGCCAGUGUAGAAUCUCAGAUAUACUCGGAAUGCAAUAUAUAUGAAGCUGGACAAAAGAAACUGGCCUUCAAGUACCUUACAGAGAAGGCAGCUGACAAGGAAGUGGCAAGGACUGGCUGCAUAAGGUCUCAUGGUGACUUGUUUAUGACUGGAACUCAAGCGGGUUUAAUGCAAGAGCAUGGUGGUGAACAUAGCAUGUUUCAUCCUAGUGAAUACUAUCCGACGUGGACAGUUCGACCUCCAACUGAAGAGCUUAAACAUUACCUCCACCACUGUACAGGAUGCCAAUAUGUUACACGGCCAGCUGAUCACAAAUAAGCUGUAUAGUAGUAGUCUAGAGUAAUAUUUAAAACGAAUUCCCAGGUACUUGAUUGUAAAUUACUACUUGCAGUAUUUAUCAUGCCAUUAUGGUGGCAAUCAUAUAAGAUGAUAUAGCAAUAAUUGUUUGUGGGGCAAUUGCUAGUUUACCAUGUUCAAUUCUUUAAAUCAUUUUAUUUCCUGA